AUGGCCCCUUACGCGACUGGAACCGAUACACCACACAAUGUUGAAGGCUCCCCUAUACUAGAAGCCAUUGACCCUUGGCAACUUACCGUCCUCGCAUCCUCACGAGCCGUUGUUGGAGGCCGACUAUCAGAAGCCACGAUCGUUAUAUCGAAUGUGACUGGUAAGAUCAACUCGAUAUUCCACUCCGUACUACCAGAAACCUCUUUUCCUCCGGGCACAGUAUACAAAGACUACAGUCCGCAUGUACUAUUACCAGGCCUGGUCGAUGCUCAUGUCCAUCUGAACGAGCCUGGCAGAACAGAAUGGGAGGGCUUCUAUACGGGUACACAGGCCGCCGCCUUUGGAGGUGUGACAACCGUGGUGGACAUGCCAUUGAAUGCCAUUCCUCCUACAACGACGAUGCAAGGGCUGAAAGAGAAGGUUGAGGCAGCACAAGGGAAGUGCUGGGUUGAUGUGGGCUUUUACGGUGGAAUAAUACCUGGCAAUGUCAAGGAACUUAAGCCGCUUGUCAAGGCAGGCGUACGAGGCUUCAAGGGUUUCUUGAUCGACAGCGGCGUGGAAGAGUUCCCGGCCGUAUCAUCAAGAGACAUCCAACUUGUCUUCGAGGAACUCGCCGACGAGCCUACUACGGUCAUGUUCCACGCUGAGAUGAUUCCUCCUGUGUCGGCUUCGGUGGGCGAUGACGUGCAAUGGUCGUUGCCGCCGCUGGAACCUACCGGACCCCUGGACCGAUAUCAAACGUUCCUCGACUCGCGGCCUUCAUCGUUUGAGGUCUAUGCCAUUCUACAGGUCCUCAGCAUGGCUCAUUUGUGCCCGAAGCUGCCUCUACACAUCGUACAUCUUUCUGCGAUCGAGGCUAUUCCACUACUACGAGACGCACGGGAGAAGGGCGUCAAGAUCACAGCGGAAACAUGCUUCCACUACUUGAGUUUGGCGGCGGAGAAGAUCCAAGACGGUGAUACGAGACACAAGUGCUGUCCCCCCAUCCGAUCAGAAUCGAACCAGGACGGUCUAUGGAACGAGAUGCUCGAACCGGCAGACAGUGUCAUCAAGACCGUCGUAUCAGACCACUCACCUUGCACUCCGAACUUGAAGUUACUACCCUCGCAUGUUGAAGGCGCAGAAGAAAGCAAGUCCUCAAGCUGUUGCUCAAGCACCCUGAAGGGAGACUUCUUCACGGCGUGGGGUGGCAUCAGCUCGGUCGGACUCGGUCUCAGCAUCUUGUGGACAGAAGCCAUGCGCAGAGGCUUGGACGUGGACGAGACGCUACUCAACGUAGCGACCUGGUGCUGCUUCAACACCGCCAAACAAGUGGGAUUAGAACAUCGCAAAGGCGAGCUCAGAGUUGGCAUGGACGCCGAUAUUUGCGUGUUCGAUGACCAGAGCACAUUCGAAGUCGAGCCAAGCACGAUGCUGUUUAGGAACAAAUGCUCGCCUUAUCAAGGCAAGACAUUGCAAGGCUACGCAAAGGAGACAUGGCUGCGAGGAAAGCGGAUACAUACCCGAGAAGGCGGAUUUGAAUCCAGGACAAAGCCGAGAGGAGAACUCUUACUUGAGCCCAGAACGCACGUUUGA